CUCUCUCUCUCUCUCUCACACACACACACACACGAAAAAUGGGGUCAAGUACGUUCGAUUCGAAUUUCAAAACCCUAAUUUUUCAACUUCCUUUAUCUCCCCCAAAUUGUAACAACUCCAAUUAAUUGAUUGAUUUCCAACUAAAACCGAACAACAAUAAUCAGUAGAAUAUGCAGUUACGUUGUUUAUCACUCCACAUUCUCAGUUUACUGAUAGUUAUAUACACUAUUGAUGCAAUUCAUUCUGUAUCUACGAUCUGCGAGUUCAAUGUUACGAAAGAUAACAAGCUUUAUAGCUACAAUUUGGCUUCUCCUUCUGAAACAUUCACUCAUGGUGUUCUCAGCGAAGACGGAUAUUACAAGGUGUCGUCUAAUGGAACGGUGGUCUGGUUUCAGCUUUGCGAUGGAAUGAUUUUCAACCAUGAUCCGCCAAGAUGUUUUGAUUGUUUGGAAUGUGGGGGACAAUCUCGAUGUGGGACGGGUUGCAGUGCCCUUAUGUCCAGUAAUAUAUUAGGGGGUUAUUCUGUAUGUACCACUAUUGGGCGCACCCAAAGCAUCACCACAAAUCUCAUCGAUAAAAAGAGUCCAAGCAUGGGUGUAAUCGUUGAAAUGUGGCACCAAGGUCCCGAAAUGAAUUGUUCGCUCUCUGUUUCUGUUAUCUGCGAUUCGAAGAAAUUUCAAGGACCAAAGACACUUGAAAAGUUUGGGAAUUGUAACUUUGCUACUCAAAUAACGCAUCCAGCUGGUUGCGCGAUUGUUUUGGCUAUCAAAGAUAAUAAAUCGGGCUGGUUCAGUACCCUUUUAAUCAUGUACUUGUCAAAUUACAAAUAAUACAACCAACACCUAUGUGCAUUCCCCCCCCCCCCCCCCCCCCCCCCCGGUUGUUUCUCUUUGGAGGUUAUCUAAUAACCGGGGCUGUUUAUCGUUUCUUUAUCUUGGCAUUCGUGGUAUAGAUAUUAUCCCGAACCUGGAAUUUUGGGCCAGCUUGCCUCAUAGAGUUCGGAAUUCAUUUACGUCAUUGGUUCGAAGAUUUAGAGGACCCUCUCAAAAUUACAGGAGCUCCUACUCUCCUGUUGACUUUUGACUUUUCGAAUAUUGUUGGUCAAACUAGUGCUCUCACAGGCUGGAGGAGAUUCAUUUCAUACACCGAUUAUUACUCGUUCAAUUUGGCAGAGAGAAACAAGAAUCCCAUCAUUUUGUAUGCGUAUUUUUUCAUGCAGCAAAAUCAUAUUUCAUGAAACUGUUAAACUCGAUAAUGUACGCUGAGGUGUACACUGUACAAUGCAGUUAUUGUAUUAGGACUAGGAGUUUUUAUCUAAACCAUUCAUCCAUAUGAUUUUGUGAUAAUGCUGGAUUGCCAAAAUGUCAAGUGAGAGAGGAUACAGCUUGAUGUAGGUUAUUUCUGAAACAGAGUAAAGGCAUGAGACAUUUUUCUUUUA